GUAAAAGGUAUAAUUGCUAACUAUCAAUACUCUUUAGUUCAUUUAUGGCUCAAAAUGGGCAACAUCUACCAGUUUACGUCAACAUCCAUCACCCAGAAUGCUGAUACUUGUAGCAAAUGAGCUGAAUAUACCAACACAAUCAGUAGGCUUGCCAAAUCAAUUCAAGAAGCUACUCCAGCCAAACAAACUAGACGGUAUAAUCAUAUUAGGUCAGAUGAAUGACAAAAUUACACUUGAUUACUUCAGAAGUCUCUGUGAUAAAGUCAUAAUAGGUGCAUCCGGCUCUACACUCAUGCUUGAUAGCUUCAAAGUUGGCCUGAUCUGCGAUAACCAGACGCAAAGUUACGAACUCACAGCUCGUAAACUUGACGUUGAUAUGUUGCUGAUUGCAGGUCCAAAGAGUUUUGAAGCAUACGAGCGUGAUUCAACAUUCUACUGCUCACCUGGUUCUAUGACAGGCACUUACUCGUCUUUGGAAGAGAAGGAGGCUAUACCAUCAUUCAUUCUUCUGGAUAUACAGCCUGAUCAGGUGACGGUGUUCGUUUAUAGCCUGAUCGAUGAGCAGAUUAAAGUAGACAAAAUAGAGUAUUCGAAAGAGCAGGACAAGCCAAGUGAGAAGACUUCUCAAACAAAUCAGGCACAGCCAACAGAAGAAUCCACAUUGGAACCAGAAGUUCAGCGACAAGACGAGCGGAAAGAGCAGGAAGAGCAGGAAGAAGAGGGAAAACAACAAGUAGAAAAUGAUGAAGACGUCCAACUUCCUGCUGAGAGUUCUAGAUACGAAAUAGCACCUGCACCCGCAGAAACCGAUAACCUAUGGAACGAGUAAUAAUCUAUCAUUUAUUAUAUUUUUGUACUAUAUUCAAUGGGUAUACCUAAAUCUAAAUCUACAAUAAUGAAUCCAUCUAUGUGUUUAAUUAAUAUAUAUUUUCAAGAGACAAAAGCAAAAGCUCACCUUUCCAAAUACUGAGAAUACAGUAGCAAUAACUUCAAACUCAAGCUCAUCCUCGCCAACUUCCUCUUUGGCACUUCUGACGAGAUUUGUGAUUUGUGCAGCAGAUGCAUGGGACAUCGCAGCAGAUGCUGGUGUCUCAACUUGAUCAGAUGUAUCUAUAGAAGCAGAACCAAUACCUGUGGCACCAUCUACGGCGGAUCCUGAACCUGUACCAACGAAACCCCAGGGCCAGACGCCAAAUUCGUUAAGGAGCUCGUCUGUCCUCAUAAAGGCCUCCUCUCUUGUAUCGUAGUUUAAGGUAGCAAAAGCAUUUUCGAGAACGGAGGCAGCAUAACCUGAUAAUAACAAUGCUACAGAUCUUGUUACACGAGCUCUGACAUUUGGAUUUUUGUAUAGUUUGUUCAUGUCCAAAGCAACGGUAUUUGGAUUAGCCAAGGCCAAAACACGUUCAAUUGCAUCACGCUUUGAUACAGUGUCGACGAUUGGAUGUGUUGCCAUAUCAAAAAGCAGGAAGUUCUUCUUUUCUGUGCGGAGAACACCUUUAUCUACUAGACCUUUCGCUAAUCUUUCGCGGACUUGCUUUAGUUGGUAGCCGAUUUUCAUAACAUUCCAUGUUUCACCUGCGGAUUAUCUUGUUAGUUGGGUACACGCGUUUAUAGAGCGCCUCACCGCUCAGAAGGUCGAUCCAAUUGCCGACACUGAGCUUCUCGCUUGUUUUGAUAAGUUUGAGUGUCUCGUCGAGGAGUACCUCGCCAGUGAGCUUGUCAUUCGUCACUUCGACUAGUCUAUCCGCAAGAUCGUAUCUUCGCCUGUUUGG